GGGAGGGAGAAAGAGAGAUGUUAUGUUUAUAUCCCGACGAGCGGAACACAGCAGGAGAUUUGCGAUGAAUCGGUUGAAUCUACGGUAGGAUGGAAUGUAACGAACGGAAGCGCCGAUAUACAAUUUAACAGCAUGCCGCGGCAAGCUUACACCGUGUGUCCUGAUAUUUCCUUGGACGAUGUUAAAGCUGUAGGCACUGUCAUGGACACAGACGUGGAACUUGGCAAAAGUGAAGGGUGCGAAACUAUACCGGGCUGCUCUGGUUACUCGAGCAUGGUGCACAGUAAGAAAGUCAUCAAGCACGCGCUACGACAGCAGGCCAAACGGCGUAGAAAGAACACGACGAUAGCGGCGGGCAAUUCCCGUACACUACCUAGGAUUGUUGUCAAGCCGUUGCCUCCGCCUCCGCCGAAUGAUCCACCGUCUCCGGUUAAUAACGUACAACACAUCAACACUGUGGAAGAACCUGCUGCCACAAUGAGAGAAGUCUUGGCUAGUUUACCUGGAUUUAGCUUAAAGUCGGGCCGCAGACGAUCUACCAAGAGAUUGUCGGCGACGGCGCAGUUGGAGGCUGGUCUCGUGGAUCUGGAAUCUCCAGCGAGCAUAUUAGCGAGUACGAGUUUACGAGCUCUGUUAAAUAGGCAUACCUUUCAAGGCUUACCUCCGUUGUAUCAGCGGAAGCUCGCGCAACUUCUGCCAGCUGUAGAUAGACAGGACGCCGCUAUCUCCGGAUUGAACAAUGAAUUCUUUGCGAGGGCUUGCCUAGAAUGGCGGAAGCGUUUAGCAGAGGGAGAAUUCACCCCGGAGAAUCAACAGCGUCUGAAGAUGGAAGCGGAGCGAGACAAGAACAAGCUGGACCCGUGGAAGGUGAAACACUUCGAGCCGAUAUGGGGAGAGAAACGAGAGCCUAAACUCAAGUCGAGUCUUCAUUACAUCAGCGAGUCACGUUCCAGCGGUGCAGUGACGCGUUCAAGCUUAAGACUUCGUCUGGAAUCCAGUAUCGAUAUCCCGGUGUCGGAGCACACGGUCUGUCCCGUCGUAAUGGCGGAAGACAAGAGCGACGCCGGUUGCAAGACCGAGAUCGGCAUAAAAAGCCCCGACGACCCGGCCAACCCGGAGGUGGCGCGACAAAACCUGAUGCCUUUGGAUUACAACGCGCUACCGGAGAAUCUGACCGGCGAGAAACACCUGGAGGAUUCGGCGCGCGUAAAUCCCGCGGAGGUUACAGAGGACGUUCAAAUGCUCGACGGCAAAGCGACGGAAGGAGCCGACAAAGUAAUGGAUAUCUGCGACAAGCAAGAUACGAUGACCGAAACCGAUCACGAGGACGUCACGAGGCAGCAAGUUUGUCAACAAGAGAGCGUCUCGAAUGUCUACGAGGAAGAGACGGAUUUCCCUGCCAGCGAGAAGAACGCGCAGCCGGUGGGGAGCAACGUGACCGAAGCGUCGGAAGAGGACACCGUGUUAUUGCCCGACGACAACUCCUCGCCCAGGUCCAGCGAACAGAUAGAACGCGCCUCUCACACAUCCGGCGAGUCGAUGUCCCAGCUGUCCAACGAGUACAUGUCGCAGACAUCUAUAGAUCAGAUUCCGCAGAUGGCGAAGGAGCAGAUCUCCCAGAUGUCCAACGACCAGAUCUAUCAGAUGUCGGAUUGCGAAACCACGAGCAUCCUCGAGACCUCGUCGCCGCAGGAUCAGGUCAGGCCCGCGGACAUCGUCAUAGAGGAUGCCGGUUUGAUCAACAGCAAUCAGACGACCGAGACGACUCAGGCUUCGCAUGAGAACCCGGCGGACAGCGAGUCGCAGAUCCCGGAGGGAAUGGAGAUCGACAGCGAGACCCUGCAGCGGAUCCACGAACUCGAGGUGAGGGGAGAAAUGCGCGAGAUGUACGAGGAGAUCUCCGGCUGUCCGGAGGAGAUAAUAUACCCGAUUUUGGAGGGCAUGGAAAUGGCCCCAAGCAAUACAGAGGUGACCGAGCCGCAGGUGGUGGUUUCCGGCCAGGCUGAGGACACCAGGGCGACGGACGUGCACGCCGGCAACGAGGACGAGGCUCUUCGGGAAGCGAACAAUUACGUCUGCUCCGAAAUGUUGGAAUGCAGCUGGACGGUGGAUCCCACCGUGAAUAGCAUCAAUAACGGCAACACCAACAACAACAGGACGCAAGAGGAGCUGCAGGUACCUUGGCCUCUGGUGGCAGCCGCGCUCGACGGCUCCGUCGCCGCCAAUAUCACGGUGACGACGCAGGACGAGUGCAGCGAAACGUCCACGGCGACCGAGUCCGCGAAUCCCCCGCAACAGUUCAUCGGCACCGACGCCAACGGCGUCGAGCCCGUCAAUUGCAUUCAGCUGCCGGUGGUCCAAGGCGCCGCCGCGUUUCAGGCGGACGGCGGUCUCGCCAUCAACACACCCGGCACCAGUUGCGUGAUGAAGAGCCUGCAGAGCUCGCAGGACCCGCCGAUAAUCGCGUUCCCGCAGCUGCAGCCGGUCCGAUUCGUGCAGGCCGGCUUCCCUCCGCAGGAGCAGCAGGAGACGGCGUCCACGUUGAACAGCUCGCCCGCGAUCCCGGCGCUGCAGCCGAACAGCACCGCCCAGGUCAGCAUGAUCCGGGCGCAGCAGGAUACCAUCGGCCAGGUGAACGCGCAAAGCACCGGCCACAGCAAUGUUCAGGGUAUCAUCGCGACCAAUCAGGGCCAAGUACAAAGCGCUCUCCCGGCCACGUUGGGAGUGCAGCCGCAGAAUCGGCCGCAGAAUGCGAUUGUCAUUCAGCACCAGACCGCUACCUCCGCUCAACCCCGACCAAUCGCAUCCGCUGUGCAUCAGCCGCAGCAGCAACAGCAGCAGCAGCAAUACGCCGGGCCGUCCGUGACGGUCUCGUCGCGAUCCUCGCGUCUGUCUAAUCAAAGCAACCAGAGAGGCUCCAGAAACAAUAACAAGGAUCAAGGGGGUAGAUCGAGGAGCUCUACGAAAGAGCCGCCGGGUGCGGUCAAUCUGGAACGCAGCUAUCAAAUAUGUCAAGCGGUAAAUGUUAAUCCAACGCACAAAUUGUACACGAAAUGUAUGAAAAAGGUCAUCCAGAGUUCGCCGAACAGAGAUCAAUUGAAGGCCCACUUGAAACCGCCGCCUAGCUUGCUCGCUCGUGGAGACGGUGCGUUCACGACGAACAAGUCCGGCGGGCGCACGGUAACGACGGUGAAACCUCAGAAAGCGCAGCAAGCGAUACAGCAUAACAAGCAAGUCCAAAAUAAGACGCAGACAGUUAUGUUGAGACAUGUUUUCGCUACAGCGCGGCAAGCCACAUCGACGGAGGUUGCCGAAAACGCUCCUAUAGCACAACUCGGAUCCACUACUGGUAAUGGUCUUGGGCAAUACAUACUUGUACAAAGAACCGGAGUCGGGGAUGGUGCCCCGAGGGCGUCGUCCGCUCCCCCGUUACCUCCGCAAAUCGCAGGAAUGGGUGUCGGAGUGCACUUGGUGCGUGGACGACCGGCGAGCGCCGGGGAGGGUUCUCAUCAGGCUGUCACGUUGAAAGCUAGAGGCGCGGAUAGCAGAGUGACGGGCGGCGCGGAACCCGGCGCGCCCGGCAUGAUAAUCGGAGGUGACCCACCGCCCCCAUGCGAAUGUAACAUGCGAGGAGCUAUGGUAAUUUGUCGGCAGUGUGGUGCCUUUUGCCACGAUGACUGCAUCGGGCCUCAACGUAUCUGUGCUACCUGCCUCAUACGUUAAUCAUUCAUCCACCGACUGUACUCGUGUAUAAAUUUCAACCCGUUGCGAGAUAGGAGUGCUGAGCAUUUGGUUAUAUAUAUAAAUUUAAGAGGUUAAAUUCAACGGUAAAUUAACGCGCGCGAGAAAUGCGAGAAACCCACAAACCUCUCUUUCUCUUUCUCUUUCUUUCUUUCUUUCUUUCUUUCUCUCUCGUGCGACGUAAAAUACAUCCCGAAGAAUUUGGAUGGACAAAAUUGUACUAUAUUAAAAUACGACUGUCUUCAAUCCAGUCAGAGGGAUAAGAUGAAUGUUUCUGAUGCACUAAGAUUGAUUGAGAUUAAAACGGUGAUUAAUAAAAUGUAAGAUUUUAUACAUAAACUCUCUUAUCUGUAAUGCAUUCUCAUGCUCCUUCUGCUAAGUUUUAACAUAGUCGCACCAGACCUCGAGCUUUAUUACAUUUAUAAUAAUUUAGUAUUGAAUAUUUGCCACUUACACAGAUUUCGCUUUGUAUAAAAAAAAAAGAAGAAAAGAGGAUGAUGAUGAAAAUUUACGUUAGGUUUUGUAAAUAUGUUUUGAUAUAUGCGCUCCAAGGUGCUCUGGCGUACUUGAAAAAUACUUUAUUUGGUCGUGAAUUCAAAUAUAGAUUUUACUUUUAUUUGACAUUUUUGGCAAUUUUAAUAAAAAUUAUCUAUUUGACUGGAGUACACACACUCGUAAAAUCAAUUAAUCUAAAUAUUAUGAAUGUUUACUGUCCAGCACUCUCUCUCUCUCUCUCUCUCNCUCUCUCUCUCUCUCUCUCUCUCUCUCUCUCUCUCUCUCUCUCUCUCAUUCACUCUUACUCUUCUCCCUCUCUUUCUCUUACAUUAACGGAAAUCCUUAUUUUAAAGUUAAGGGCAAUAAAGGAUACAGUUGAGAAUACUGAAAAAUAUUCGAUUCAUUCUUUAUUAUAAAUCGAAUAAUAAUCGGACAUAAUGAUGAAAUAUGCGUACUCUUAUUAUUGCCUUAUAUUAUUCCGUCUCAUCUUGCCUAUCACGCGGAUUUUAUCGCAGACUGGCAUGUAUUUAUAAUACGUUGCUAACAGAUAUUUCUAUAUUGAAUUUAUACAUUGUAUACAAAGUUCUGUCAACAAAGUUAGCUCGUAUAAUAAAAGUACAGCGAUAUCUGCCUUGUUAUCUGACAGUGGUCAAUUUAAUUUUUACUUAAGAAGUUCGUUUACUGAAUGAUCAGCCUACGUUUCUGUUGAUUUGUUUUGAUAUACGGUAUUUUUUUACAUUUUGUUAUCGAAUUUAUCGAUAUGUUGCCGAUACAAAUGUGACUUCUAUUGAAAUAAAAAAAAAAACAAGGAAAUAUAUUCGAUGAACAGAUAUGCAAAAAUUAUGCGAAAUAUCCUGAUACAUUGUGCAAUGUCGAUUUGUUUUUUAAAAUAUUCAAACUCUAGUCUGUACUAUGUAGCAUAUAGUAUAUGUAUACACGUAUAUGUACACAUAUACUUUGUAAUAUAGAAAUGGUAUAAGAAUAGGUCUCUCCUUGUACUAUUUCUACAUUUAUUUAUUAUAUUUAUUAUGUCGGUAAAACUUUUUAUAUUUUUUGUAAUUUUUGUAUUUUCCUUACGUAUCUUAUUUCCUUACGUAUCUUAUUAUCAUUACUCUCAUGCUCACACAAAGUGCUUCUCUAAACAAUUUUACAAUUAUUUUACACGCAAUCAUAUAUCAUUUAUAUUGAUAAGACGAUCUGCACGAUACUUUUUAUUAAUGCAAUAUAUGUAAUUAUAUUAUAAUUCUUGCUACUGAUUCUCCAAUAUUUCAACUGUAUCCUUAUAAGACCCUUGCUCAAGGUUUAAAACAUAAAUCUCCCAUACACCGACCCUAAUACAGUCUUCCACUAAACAUCACACUCUGUAAUAUGUAUAUGUUUGUUAUUUAUUUAUUAUCACGAAUUUAUUUUUAUUAUAGCUGUGUAGAAAAGAUAUUCCUGUACAUGUUGAUCUCGAAGCUAAGCGAUAAAUCCUUUGUACAUGCUCUCUUUUAAAUCAUUCCUUUGAAAUAAGACGAUCUAUUUAAACUCUCUUUGAAUAUUAAUAUAAUUCACAUUAUCUUUUGCAUAUUCAUUAGUAUAUGUUAUAUGUCAAACUAGUAUCGUCGGACAUUAUGUACAGGAAUGUAAUUUAACAUGAAAAACGAAUAAUUAAGAUUAUAACAGUUUAUUGCAGGUAAUAAUAAAAAGACGAAAAAAAAAGAAAUAAAAAUAACUGAAUAUUCAUAGCUAUAAAACUAGGAGUAUACAAAUAUAUAGUUCUAUAUUAUUCGAUUUUUCUCCCACUUUGUUACAAUUAACUCUAACGUUGUUAGUAUAUCGAGGAAUGAUUUAUCGAGAAAUCGCGUACGGUUUAAUCAUCAGCAUAACUUUAUCCAUAUGUUUUGGCUCCAGUUAGUGUUGAUUGACCUGCAAUGUCUUUGCAAAUAUCCAGGCGCAGAUAAUUUUAGAUUAUUAUGAUGCGAAGGAUCGUUUGCGAAGUAUUGAUUUUCACGAUCAUAGGAUGGUUUACUAAUUGGAGCACAACAUAUACGCGUCGUAUUAAAUGCUAUAACCGUGCACCUAAACAUAUUAUACCGACUUUGAAAGCGAUGUUCGAAUGUUCGUACGCUUACGUUACUCAAAAAUCUUCAAGACAGACAUUGCAAUACACUCACUCACCGUUGUGUGUUAUUCGGAUCAGCAUGGAUCGUAUUGCUUUUAGUAUUGAUUUCUAAUUUAUAUAUUAACUUCGUGUUAUUUAUCUACAAGAUGUCUCGUAUCAAACGAACGCCUUGUUUGAAUCUGUAAUAAUCGAAUCUCAGAUAUUAGAUUAUUUGGAAGAGAACGGCAGGUGUGUGUGUCUCGACAUAUUAAAGUAUCGUGAAUGAAGUUAUGAAACUAUUCGGCAACGAUAAUGGGAAAGAGAGAUCGUAUGAAAAUCAAUUCCACAAAAGCAUGUAGAUCAAAUCUUACCUCGUAAUUAUCCGACUUUACCAAUAUUUAUUUUAACUCGUUGAGUUUAAUUGUCAAGAUUCAAAAUUAAAAAUUAUAUCAACGACGAUUGGUGAUCUUCCAUCAUACGUGCCCGUUAAAAAAAUUGUUCAUGCAUAAUUACGUAUAGAAUAUGUCCAUAUAUAAAAAUAUAUAAU